CCGCUCACUCAGUCCGCUCUGCCACUUCGAUGUGAGCGUUUGUGUGAAACUGUAAUAUUUGCUCCGCCGAGUGCCCGACCUCUGGAACCGACCAUUUAUGACAAACGACAACCCCGCCCCGUGCAUUUUUCGAGUUGCAUUUCGACCUGUGCAAGCAGUGCUAAGCCUGUGAGCUAUCCGUCGCCGGUUCAGUCGCUGCUCCCGCGCUUAUUUAUGUUGUCGUUUUGGUGUGGUGUAUAUUUGUGCCGUACAAACGAUAACCGGAUUAUCUGUGCGCUGGAGUCGGAGGAUAUUUUUAAUCGACGGCUUUUCUACGAAGACUGAGGGUUGUGGUGGGCGCUCGUGGGCGGCACGGAUGGUGCGCGCGCGGGCGAUGCUGUAGCCGCCAUGGUGGGCGUGGGCGUGGCGGAGGGAGGCGGGGGAGGAGCGGGCGGCGGGCCGCCGGAGGGCUACUACGGUGACUACUACCCUCCCGAGUACUACGUGCCGCCGGAGAUGUGCCCGCACCCGCAGCAUCCGCAGCACGCGCAUAUGUGCGCCGUGCACACUGAAUAUGGCGGCAUGCCGGUGGUGACGUCGGCGACUAUGAUGCCGGCUAUGAUGCCGCCGGUGCUAGACGAGGGGCUGCGGCACUAUCUUUUGCAUCCGCACGCGCAGCACGCGCACCAUCCGCACCACCAGCCGCCUCACCACCAGCCACCUCACCACCAGCCGCCUCACCAUCAGCCACCACAUCAUUAUGGUCCCACGAAUGGUGCGGGAGGUCCUCAGCACUUCUACGGUGCGGGCUACCCGACGCACUUCCAUCAUGUGCCGGCGCAUCACAUGCAGCACUCGCCACCACCGCCCGUAUACCAGAAGGACGAGCGCACACAGCGACAGUAUUCUAAACUCAAGCAGAAGCUGGAGCGGAAACAGACAAAUAGGAAUAAUGGUGUCGAAAUCAACUCGGGAGCCAGUACACCAUCGCUGUCACCGCGUAAGGAGCUGAACGGCCGUGGUGGAGGCAGUGGUGGCGGCAGCGGGGGCGCCUCUUCCGGUGCCUGGUCUGAGGGCGAGGGUUCCUCGGCCGGCGCCUCUGUACAGGGAGACGAUGACAACGAUACGCAAGCAUUUCUUGACCUCUUGUCCGCUACACGGACCCCACAGGUUAGCGACAUAACGCCUACGAGUGCUUUAGUGCAAUGGAACUCGCCGUUACCUGAAGGGGUCACCUUGCCUAACGUGGAAUUGACCUACGAACUUCUUCUGGGCGACAGAGGUCGAUACAAAGCCAUCUACAGUGGACCAUCAUUGUCAUGCCGUGUGCGAGACUUGAGGCCCGGCUGCGAAUACUCCGUGUGCCUGCAGAUCCGCGCGGGCGAGCAGACGGGCGCGGCCAGCGAGGCGGCCACAUUCCGCGCGCCCCCCGCACCCCCCGCCCGCAUGACCCCCGCCCGCGUCGCCAACCGCGCCCGCACCUCGCUGCUGCUGCGCUGGUCCCCCGCCGCAGACAACGGCGCGCGCAUCCUCCACUACGUCCUCGAGAUGGACGCCGGCGAGGGCUUCGCGGAGGUGUCGCGUCCCCGCACGCGUCAGCACACCGUCAACAACCUCCGCACGCAGACGUGCUACCGCUUCCGGAUCGCAGCGGUCAACGAGUGCGGCCCCGGCGAGUGGAGCGAGGAGUUCGUCGGCUGGACCCUGGGCGCUCCCCCGCCCGCCCCCGCGCCGCCCGCCCUGCGCGACGCCGCCGCCGACAGCCUCGCCCUCGCCUGGGAGCGCCGGCCCGACGAGGAGUUCACUCUGCAGAUGGACGAAGUUGCCCGCGGACACGGUUUCCUGCCCAUCUUCACCGGGACCGAGUGUUCGUACGUUUGCACCGCAUUACGUCGCGCCUCCGAUUAUCGAUUCAGAUUAAGAUGCGAAAACGCCGACGGUCAGGGCCCGUGGUCGCAGGAGGUGACGUAUCGGACUCUACCGGAGAGGCCCGGCGCUCCCGGUCGCCCGACGCCGAAAGGUAAAAUACAUUCGCGUGCAUUCCGACUCAGGUGGGAGCCGCCGACCGACGAUGGAGGCGCGGCCGUCGAAAAUUAUACUCUGGAAAUCGACGGCGGGGAAGGAUAUCAGUCGGCGUACACCGGAGCCGAGAGGGAGGCGCACUGCGACCGCCUGCAGCCGGGCGUGCAGUACAGAGCGCGCGUGCGCUGCGCCAACGUGGCCGGAGAGAGCGACUGGUCCGCCGCCGAGACGAUCACGACGGAGGCCACCUGUCCGGGAGCUUGCUCCGCGCCCGAAGUGGUGGCCGAGCCGCGCGCCACGCUGGUGUCGGUGCGGUGGCGACCGCCGGACUGCAACGGCGGCGCCCCGCUCACGGAAUAUAGGGCGGAGAUCGUCGGCGAGGACGGCAUCGUGCGCACCGUGCAUUCGGCGCUCGAGAGCGAGUGUACCGUCCGCGAGCUCCAACCCGGCUGCGAGUACCGCCUUUGGGUGGUCGCCUGCAACAAAGUGGGCGCGGGUCUGCCAUCGCCCGCUCUGCAUUUCUCGACGGCGCCCGCCCCGCCCGACGCGCCCGAGACGCCCAUCGCUUACAUCGAAAACGCGCGAACCAUCCGCCUCGAGUGGCGCGCGUCCCGAGACAACGGGGCGCCCAUCGCCGAUUAUCGACUCGAAAUGAGCCUCACCAACAUGGACGACUCCUUCACUGAAGUGUAUCGAGGACCCGAGACGGCGUGCAUAGUGUCCAAAUUGGUACCGUUCUCGCCCUACUUCUUCAGAGUGUGCGCCACUAAUUCGGCCGGACGAGGCGCCUGGUCCGGCGUUCGGGACCUUCUAACGCCCCGAGCUCCGCCGGGGGCGCCGACGGGGAUAAAACACGAGGCGACCGCGGAAAGCCUUCGCCUCCACUGGCGCUGCCCCCCCAGCCACGGCGCCGAAAUCUUAGGUUACCGGGUGCAAGUCGACGAGUCCGAUUUCGAGACCGACGGGCCGACGCCGGAGAAAGUCGUCGAGGGUCUGCGGCCCGAUACUACGUACCGCGUGCGCGUCGCCGCCCUCAACGAGCUCGGCCUCGGCGACUGGUCGGAGGAGGCGCAGGCGGCGACGCGGCCCCGGCCGCCCGCCCCGCCGGACCUUCGCUGCGCCCAGCUCGUCCACAACUACAUCAAGCUGGAAUGGGAUAGCCGCGGCGAGGGCGCGGUGUACUGCGUGGAGAUGCGCGGAUCGGGCGAGUUCCGGCCCGUGUACCGCGGCUCGGCGCGCAGCUGCAAAGUGAAGAAGUUACGAGAGGGCACCACUUACAGCUUCAGAAUACGCGCGAGCGACGAGCGCGGCGGGCGCGGCUCGUGGGGCGCCGCGGUGACCGCCACUACCCCGCCGGCGCCUCCGCCCGCCCUGCGCCCGCCCACCGUGCUGGUGCUGGCGCCGCGUCGCGCCGCCGUCGCCUGGGACACGCUCGACGACGCAGAGUACGUGCUGCAGUGCGCCCGCGCAAAAGACGCCGUCUUCAAACAGGUGUACGCCGGUCGCGAGACUCAGUUCACGGUGGAGGAGCUAGAGCCGGGUGCGGAGUACCUGCUGCGCGCGUGUGCGGUGCGCGGCGGGCUGUCGGGCGCGUGGUCGCCGGCGGCGCGCGUGUUGGUGCCGGUGCCGGCGGCCGGGCCGCGCUCUCGCCGCGCCCGCCCCGCACGCGCUCUCUCCCCGCGCCGCGCCGCGCUCCUCAUGGCGGCCGGCUUCCUGCUGCUGGCCGUGCUGGUGGCCAUGCUGGUGCAACGCCUCGUGGAGCCACAGCCGUGACGGGCGGUAGCAAUGGCGCGUCCUCGGGCCCUCGCCAACAUAUGACGGCACGAUCGCGCGGUUCUUACCGCGCGAUUCAUUAGGACCCUAGCGAACUCCAAACUAGGAUAGCGCGCCGUGCGGUCGCCGACGACAUGCGAUACUACCGACCCGGCCUAAUCGAAUAGAAAUUCUUUUGAACCUACAGGAUAUGAACGGUAUAUUUUAAAGAAAUUUUUGAGAUAUACAUAAGUGAAAAAUACAGGUUCGGAUAACGGUAUCGCAUGCAGGUCGGCGGCCGCGGCGGCGAGUGACAGACUUCACGAGAUGAUGAUGAGAUGAAUGUUUUUUCAUAUUACGAAUUUUGUCUAUUUACGUUUCCGCGCUCUCGGUGUUUACGUAAGGAGCGCGUUAUAUAUUUAUAUUUUAAUAGUUAAAUCUAAAUAUUGACAAUGUAUCCUCAAUUGUGUAUUUCUAAAUGUAUGGAUGGGAACAGAAUUUUUAUUGCUAUUAAUUUUCAAUGUUGACAGCUAAUAAUUUUAUUUUGUACAAAUAUUUUUCUUCCGUUUUUGCACCAUAUUGAAAAGUACCUUAAAUGUUAUUUAUAUUGUAUAUAAUAAGUAGUCAAUUGCAUCAGAGAUGAAGUAUUGGCACGAAGUAAUGCUGUCUCGCUUAUUUCAUGUAAAUUAAUUUCAAAUAAAUGUAUGUAUUUUGUGAUACAGCGACUCGCGAGAUGUCCGCCGCGUGGACAAUAUGGCGGCACUCGCCGCUCGCAAAUCUAAAGCCAUUUAUGCGUAAACAUGAAUUCGGAUAUAUUUUAGAUCGUGUUACAUUUCCUAUGUCUCCCGUUGUAUUUACUCUAUGUAUCUAGUCUAUUCUAUGAACUGAUUGUUUCAUUUUGCAUUAUAUUAGAUUGGAAUUGUGAUGUGCUUCGUAUCCGACUAAAUGUGUUUUAUAUUUUUAAUAAUAUGUAUACCUUCAUUGAAAUCCUUGGCUCCGUAUGUCUCUCAUACAUUUCAUAUUUUUAUAAUGAAAUUUUUAAUUAGUCUGUUGCAUGUUUUUUUUAUAACUUUUAUUAAGUGUAGCGAGUUAGCGACCAUGGUGCUCUAUUAUUAGUGUUCUGUUAGAGGGUCGUGGCCCCUCGCUCCGCAACGAGUUUCCAGUGUGUGUGCUGUGAUCACUUCCUUAUGCGAAUGAGACUGAUUUUACAAAAAAUAUAUGCUUUCUGUUUUUACUUUCCGUUUUUAAUGCUUUACAACAUGUCGACAUCGCCGGUUGUAGUGACGCAGACUCCGGGUACGCCCCGUGACUAAUGCUACUCUAUUGACCCGAACAUUUUAUAUUCCAAUUAAUAAUACGUAAUGACGUAACGGUUCAGCGUAUGAUCGAUUUUAGCUUUUUUAUCAAUAGGACAUGACCUUUUUAUUAAUGAAAUUAUGUAAUGUAGUGUAAUUUGUUUAUUAAAUGUAGAGAUUAUGAAUUUAAUGAGAUUGUUACCACCCGGCAUAGAGUGCAGCCGCCGAGCUGGCCGCCGCCCGCCGCCGCUCGGACGCGCUCACAUCCCACUCUCGUAAUUGUUAUUUUAUAGAUUUAUAUAAUAAUUGUUAAUUGAGUUCGAUUUAAAUAUAAUUUUAAAUUAAAUAAUUUGAAAGUAGAUAAGCGAAAUGUCAUAUAUUCAUUUGCUUGGAGGGCGUUUAGCACGUAAUGCAUAUGGGAUAUAUAAUUUAGAUUUCAAUGUUCUUAAUGUUUUAAAGAGUUUUAUGAAGAUGUGUCAAUGUCAACAAUUAUAGUAUAUGAUAUAUAACGAUAUUGUUACUACACAUAGGCCUUAUCGCAUUCGAUGUCCGCCGGCGCCGUCGCGCGCGCGGCCGCGUCCAGGACGCGCGUCGCCGCGCACCACUCCUAGGCUUAAUUACUUCGUAAAUAUAUAAUAUUUACUUCUGUGAUCCGCUUGUCCUAUUUUCUAUUUUUUAUGUUUAUUAAUGUUAUUAGAGACAUUCCUACGUUCUUGCUUAUCGAUGAUAUAUUUGAUGUAAAAUGUAACAUUUCGUAGAGAGAUUCACUUCGUGCCUGACAUCGCAGCUGACGGCUGUUGGCGGGGCCGUCGCCAAAAUUGUUUUAAAAUUAACGAUGUGCAAUGAACGAUUUAUUUAUUUAUACGGCUUAUUGUAAUAUUUAUUAUUUAGAAUUUGUAUCUAUGUUGGAUGUCGUGUUUGUAAACAGUAAAAGGACUCGAUGUUCCUAAGUUUAUCGUGUUGUACAAUGUCGCAAUGGCAAUCUGUGUCGCGCUGCAGUCAAGCAUUCCAACUCUAUUCCACUGUAAAUAGGCCUAACGUAAACUCUACGACUUAAUGUGCGUUCGUGUUGCUUUUGUAUGGAUCGGAAAGAGAUGUACAUAGAUGGGGAGGAGAUGAGAGGAGAGGGAGAGAAGAGAUGGACGAGCUGAGCUUUGUGUCCGGUCGCCGCGCCCGCACUUCGUGUCUAACAUUAAUCAGAUAUAGUUAACGGGGAUAACAUCUCAUAUUGUAUUUGUGUUUGAAUUAGUAACGUAUAACGAAAUGUAUAUGUUU